AGAACUCUUCUACCUAAGCAAUUCAACUCCAUCACGCAAUUAUAAUCUGAUAAUGUUUUCUCUUCUCAAUUGUUGCUUUCACUUCACAAAUCCAACAACUACAAACCCUAGUUUCUCAUUUUCAAUCCAAUUCCAAUGAUUCAAAAAAAUCCCCCAAUUUGAUUCAAAAACCCUAAUUUAAUUCAAUUCCAUGGCGACCUCGAUUCCCCAUUUUCUGCUCCUCUUUCUAUUCGCAAUUCAAUGUAUCCACGCCCAAUCAAACGAAGAACAUGGCUGCAUCGCGGCGGAAGUAUCAAACAGCGGCCUCGAUUUUCUGAAGAAUUUGCUGGUGGAAAAGGCGGAGUCUUCGUUAGUCCCGCUCGAGCUGCCUGUGAUUACGAAAUCCGCGAAAAUUCCGGUUGUAGGCAACGUUCAAAUGGUGCUUUCCAACAUCACAAUCGAAACCAUUCACGUGACGUCAUCCACCGUGAAAAGUGGGGACACCGGAAUUGUUAUUGAUGUUUCCGGCGCCACCGCGAAUUUGAGUAUGGAUUGGAAGUAUUCGUACAAUACUUGGUUGCUUCCGAUUUCGGUCUCCGAUAAGGGAAGGGCUACUAUUCAGGUGGAAGGAUUGGAAAUUGGGCUUACACUAAGUUUAAAGACUGUCGAAGGAUCUCUAAAGCUGUCUCUCUUGGAAUGUGGAUGCUAUGUGAAUGAUAUCUCGAUAAAGUUGGAUGGAGGAGCUUCUUGGCUUUAUCAAUGGUUGCUAGAUGCUUUUGAGGAUAAAAUCGGUUCGGCUGUUGAAGACGCUGUUCCUAGUAAAAUAAAAGACGCGAUUGUAAAGCUCGACAAUUUAUUGCAAACUUUACCUAAAGAAGUACCCGUAACCGAUAUCGCAUCACUGAAUGUGACAUUUGUGAACGACCCAUUGUUGAGUAAUUCAUCGCUCGACUUAGAAAUCGACGGGCUAUUCUCUGCCAAGAACGAAGUUUCACUUCUUUCCACAAACAAACGACAUAGAUUUAUACAAGAUUCAUUUUCUUGCAAAGAAGCAGAUAAGAUGGUUGCAAUCUCGUUGCACGAAGAUGUGCUUAAAUCAGCUUCAUCUGUCUACUUUGAGGCGAGCAAAAUGCAUUGGAUUGUUGAUAACGUACCGGACCAAUCUCUGUUGAACACAGCUGGAUGGAGGUUUAUUAUUCCCCAGUUAUACAAGAAGUACCCAAAUCGUGAUAUGAAUAUGAAUCUUUCUGCGUUUUCUCCACCGAUUAUCGAAGUUGAAAAACAGCAGAUCAGAGGGAAAAUUCCUUUGGAUGUGGUGAUUGAUGUUUUGGAUGCGGAUGAAGUAAUACCCGUUGCAUGCAUUUCCAUCGUGAUUAGUACUUCUGUAUCUGCUGAAAUAUCGGGGAAUACUAUUUCUGGUAGUGUGAAAUUAAACGACUUCACCAUGUCACUUAAGUGGAGCAAUAUCGGCGACUUCCAUAUGCGUCUAAUCCAGACAUUAAUGUCGACCACAUUGAAGACUGUGGUAUUGCCAUACAUAAACUUAAAACUCAGCAAAGGAAUCGAGAUUCCGUCUUUCCACGGUUACGAGCUUCGGGACCCACAAUUACUCUCCGAAGACUCUUGGAUUGUGAUAUGCAGUGAUGUAGCAUCUGUCGAAGCAGUUCAAAAUCUUCCCGGUUUUCUAUCUAUGUGAGCUUAAAAGGUGCCUCAAUCCUCUGCAGACACCCCCAUUGUAAUUAUUUGGUGUGGCCUCGAUCGAUCGAUCAAAUGGUUUGCAAAAUGCACACAGAGAGGUGGGUUGUUAUUAAAGCUCAAUAAUGUACACUAUUUCAUUGAUGUAUUUUGUGAGAUAUUAGUUAGAUAUUUAGUUAUUAGGUAAUAAAUCCAUCUGUAAUUUAUUGGUUUUGUUGUAAAGUAAUUUUGAACCAUACAGAUUCUACUAAAUAGACACGUGUAUUUUGUACAUCAAUGCAAAGGCUUAAUUCCAUUUUA